AUGGCUGUGAAUUUUAAUGACCCAGCCAGUGGCUUCUACCAAAGGGAGGUUGUAGAUUUUAUAAAUGAGCAAAUACUUCGAAAUGGAGUUAGUGCAGACAUCUAUACAAUGCAGACAAGCAAGACCUGGGGUGAAUUGGAGAAGAAGUUACAGGCCAUCCUGACUGACUCAGCAAUUCCGGAAUCCAUUAAGAAGUCUUGUGCCUGGAGUGCCCUGGCCCUGGCAGUGCGCUUGGCCAGGAAGCAGAAGAAAGAGUACACAGAAAAGGUAAUGAAGCUGCAGGAACAGGUAGAUGAACAAAAACUGUUCAUUAAUGUGCUGAUAGGAAUGGUAAAUAGACUCAGGGAUACUCAACAAAAGGAAAGGGAGAAAGCUCAGUUUCAACUACAACAAAGCCUUAUAAUCCUUCAUAGAAUAGAAGGGGAACGAAAUUUACUCAGAAGUGAGCUUCUUAAGGUAUUAAGCACUCCAUUUCAGGGGCAGGAAGUAAUGAAAGAAGAGGAGAAUGGAAAUGAGACACAGACAUUAAACAAGUUUGCAUUUGCUCAAGACAUAGGAAUUGAUUGGACUUGGGAGGAAACUGUGGGGGAAUCAGGUCAAGAGGCUGCAGCAGCCACAGCUGCUACUAUUACUGCUUCUGAUGUAGAGGGAGAAGAAAAGGAAAAUUUGAUUUCUGUUAGUGAGAAUGACCAGAAGGUAACCGUUUUUUCUUGUUCUGGUAUCUUGGAGGACUGGAGCCAGGCUAGUCCACUGCUACCUCUUAGUCUGUCUGAACCCUCCCUUAGCUCAUUCCUGCCUAGCUUCCUUCCAGCAGAAACUGCAAGGGAAACUGUGGUAGUUUCUCCUGGGAGUUAUGCUGGGUCUAGCUGGAAGGGUAAGCGACUCCAUACCAGGAAGUUUCUGCCAGAAUGGUUUAAGCCAAAGCCUGGCUCCUCUCACUCAACAAGAUGUGGCAUCAAGCGCAGAGAGGGGGAUUGGGAUUGUGAACAGUGUCAUCUGAUGAAUUUCUCAUGGCGAAAUGUGUGUUUCAAAUGUGGAAAAUUCCCGUACACAAAGGAAAGCGUAUAG